CCAGGUGCGCCGGGGCCGCGGCGGGUCGGUGACCGCUCCGGGGGCGGCGCCCUCCUGCCGCAGCCGCAGUGGCCGGCGCUGCAGCGAGGAGCCAUGGGCAACAUCUCCUCCAACAUCUCGGCCUUCCAGUCUCUGCACAUCGUCAUGCUGGGCUUGGACUCCGCCGGCAAGACCACGGUGCUCUACCGGCUCAAGUUCAAUGAGUUCGUGAACACCGUGCCCACCAUCGGCUUCAACACCGAGAAGAUCAAGCUCAGCAAUGGCACCGCCAAGGGCAUCAGCUGCCACUUCUGGGACGUGGGCGGCCAGGAGAAGCUGCGGCCGCUGUGGAAGUCUUACAGCCGCUGCACGGACGGCAUCAUCUACGUGGUGGACUCGGUGGACGUGGACCGGCUGGAGGAGGCCAAGACGGAGCUGCACAAGGUGACCAAGUUCGCCGAGAACCAGGGCACGCCGCUGCUGGUCAUCGCCAACAAGCAGGACCUGCCCAAGUCGCUGCCGGUGGCGGAGAUCGAGAAGCAGCUGGCCUUGCACGAGCUCAUCCCGGCCACCACCUACCACGUCCAGCCGGCGUGCGCCAUCAUCGGCGAGGGCCUCACCGAGGGCAUGGACAAGCUCUACGAGAUGAUCCUGAAACGCAGGAAAUCCCUCAAGCAGAAGAAGAAGCGGUAAUGCGCCCGAGGCUGCGAGCGGGAGCGAGGCGGAGCGAGCCAGCCGGGGAGUGAAUGAAUGGAUGGAUCGUGGGAGAGCGAGAACCCGCGCCCGCGAACAAAGAGCGAACCAAAGCGAAGCUUCGAUUUUUUUAAGAACGCAAUCUCCAAACCCAGAUGCAGGACUUGGGGGACUUAACCCGGGUGCGGAGGCUGCUUGACCAUCCUGCUGUCCCCCUGCCGCACCCCCCCCACCCCAGUCUCCGGGGACCUUUUGUCUAAACGCUGGGGUGGGAGGGGGACCCUUGGGGAACGGGGGUGCAGACGCGAGGGUCCUGCUGUGCCCCCUCUGGCCCCAGGUGGAAGGCUCGGAUGUCAGAGAGACAAAAGCGAUUUCUUCUUGCUUCAGAAGUUCGACUACCCUGCCCCGCUGGGGUGGGGGGGAUCACGAAUGAGUUCCCUGAGGUAUGCAGGUCCCAGAACCCUGGGGGGUAACCAUCGUGGGUGCGGAUAGGCACUGGGGGUGGGGCGACCGCUUCUUGCACUCCAGGGCUGUGGAAGCUGAAUGAUUUUAUAUCACAGGGCAGGCCCCUGUUGAAAUUUCAUUUGUCUUUCUCUGGGCCCAAAGGAGGUGGUGGUUGGGGCCAUCCAGAAGACUGCCUGGGAGCAAACGGCAGCCGGAGGCCCCGGGCGCACUGUGCUACUGGCCCUGGCUGGGAAUGGCCUGGAAGACGCCCCUUUCCAGGGGGGGGCGGUGACUUGAAGACCGGUUUUGUUGAGAACUGCUUUUCAGCCUGGAAUGAGACCUCUUCCAGACGGCCUGGGCCUUAUCCUGUCCAUGUGUAGGUCAUUACCGAAUAAAGAGCCCAAUAAAAGAAAACCAGAAAGCUGUUGGAGGUGGUGGCAGAACAGGUGUUUAAAGGGGAAGGUUUUUGGCAUUAAUGGUGUGCGUGUGCGUGUGUGUAUACAGGGACCUCCCUCCAUACUGUAUAGUCAGCAUAAAUACUAGACCCAUAUGUGUGGAAUUUUAAAUUCUCUUAGCCUACUGAUUGGUUUGAAUGAGCAUACCAGCUUACAGAUGUGUGCUGAAUUGCAAAAUGGUAUUCUUGCAAGGGCUGUCUGGUAAUACCGCGUGGUGAUGGUUUUCAGACAUGUUUUAAGAACACUUUAACAAAUGAAUAUUCACCUUAGAAAUAUUCACCUUAGGAAAAGACAGCUUUGCCCUUUUCAUGUCCCUUGACACAGCAAGGGGCGACAUGUUCAGAUUUCUGAGUUGGUUCAUUGUGACCUAUCCGCUUUUGGUAUUUCAUUCAAAAUGUCUUGUUAGAGUAUUUGAUGUCAUGCACCAGAAAAUAAAACCCCACCUUGUUGCAAAAGCUGACCUCGUUUGCAUGGAUUUAAAGCAGAGGGAAAGCCUGCAGGAUGAAGUCCUUUGGAAUUCAUCCUUGUGGGAACCGGAGCCAGCUAGCACUUUGGGCAAACGCAAACAAUAAGUGCUUGAGAUCAAAGGAAGCUAGCGAGUGACGUCAUGCUCACCAGAACUCAGGCACUUCACAGUUUACUUGAAAGAGGCUUUGGAAAAUAGAUAAAGUGAAAGACAAAUACAUAUUUUUAAUAAUGUAAUUUAAAAAAUAUCCUUUAUAAUUGGUACUGAGUCUUGGCUUGUAGAAUCUGUCAUUUAUCCAGAAACACAGUAUCAAAAGAGAAAUUAACAACUGUUUGGUUUUUUGUUAUUGUUGUAUUUUUAAUUUCCUCUCUGAAUCACCAUGUUUUCAGGUAGAAUUUCAGUACCCUCAAUGAUACCACAUUGCUUUGCAGAGGAGGCCACGGCCAGGAGUGAGCAGAGUUGGCCAUGAUCUGAGCCCAUCGCUUUUGUCCUUCAUACCUAGGAGUCUACUUAAGAGCCAGAGGCAGAAAGCCUGACUUGCUGCUUGAAACCCAAUCCUGGUUUUUUUAAAGCCAGGCUCUAGCACCUAUGCUCUGCUCCUUUCCCUCGCCUGUGUUUGGUAGCCCUCCAAUGCUGAUCUUUUUGUAGAUGCUCAGUAGAGAAAGUAGAGCUAAGCAGGGACAAGGAGCCUGCGACAUCUGUCUGCUCAGCGAUAGCGGAUUCACGUACUUCUCCAUGGGCUGGUCCCAUGGUCUGAAGAUUCUGUAUAGGAUUAUUUUAAAAAAUCCAUCUUCCUUUAUUUUCUUCACACUUUCUUAAGCACUUUGACAUUUUGGUAGUUCCACACUAUUGAAAGAGUAAUAUAUUUAUUUUGUGACAUGCAGAUGCCAAAUACUGUAACCCUCCCGUGUUGACAAUGCCUGAGUUCCAGGUCACUUCAACCAUAGUUUGGGAUGGUUUUGUGUUUUCUUUUCCAUUAUCAAUACUUAAGGGUGCAGUUGACUGUUAAUAGUUGUGCAGUAAAAGUCAAGCCCUUGUGGUGUAUCAGCAAAUAGUCCCAGCUGAUUUCUGUACUGUUUGACCUACUACCAACCCAUUUCAUCUGUGACAAGAGCGAACCCAGAGAAAAUCACCAUGGAGUGGUGCCCAAGGGGGUCACCAUAACAUGCCAGCAGGGACUGGUGAUACCUCUGCCCUUUGGGUUCCUAUAGAUGAAUUUGGCCUCCCCAAGUGAGGUUCGAGAUGGUUUCUGAUAGACACAGGGAGGCCGGUUUUGUCUUAGAACAAUUCUCUUCACAAACUCUGUUGUGGUGUUGGGACCGUGUCCCCUGGCUUCGGUUUUCUGUUCUGCUGUAAUUCUGUCUCAGUCACUCUCCUUGUUUCCAUUCCCUUUUAUAAUGCAUAUAUGAUGCUGUGAACAGAAAUAAACUAUUUAUACAAUCAAA